GCGGUGACUGAUGGGAGACCUGUAUAUAUACACCCACCGAUCUGCUUAUUCUGAGUUAUUCAUCAACGAACAUAAUGAAUGGAAGACUUUUUGUGCUGGGGCUUCUGAUCAUCUGUAUUGCAGCAGAUGCUGCAGACAUGGAUCCUCAGCGCCACCGUAAGGUCAGAUGUCCUCCAAAGACCUUCGGCUGCACAAAGAUUAAGUUCCCUGUAUGCGGCACUGAUGGAGUCACUUAUUCCAAUUCGUGUAUGCUCUGCAAGGAGAUGAAUGAAACCAAGAAGAAAAUUUAUAUCGUCAAAGAGGGGCCCUGCUGACCUGUUUGGUUGAGAAAUUCAACACGACGAGGCAGCCCAGAAAAAUGAUAUCCACUGUUGUCUCAUUGAAAUAAAGUCUAAGUUUGAUCAACCUG